CUUCAUUAUAUUUGGCACUCCUGUAUGUGUGCUGCCAGAAAGCUAAGAAAAUGUAUAUGGAUCGAAUAUUGGAUUUCAGGCGCACACCGCUUGUUUAGGGUGACGAUCAUGUGUCUGGCAAAAAAAUGAGAUCAUGGACGGAUUAACCCACUAGGAGGCCCCAGAGCCAAAGCAACAACAUGCAAAUCCAGCUGUGACAUGCAGGCCUACAACAAGUUACAAUGCCUGAAUGAAAUGCGUGAAACAAACCGACGUGAGGACCGAUUGUUAUUCUCUUCUCCAUUAAACUGAUGUGUUGGCCUCCUGCCGGUACGCGAUCCCUCUCCUCCUCGCCGUCGGUGUGGGAGAGGAAAAAAAAAGGGGGAGGGACGUGGGAGGGGCCGGUGGAGGGUGAUAGUGCCUAGUUUAGCACUUUGCAACAUGAUCCGCGCACACCACGGAGAGGCCGGGCUCUGCGGUCCUGCGUCCUGCGACCAUCCCACCGCCGCGCCACAUGGAGACGGGACACAGCCUCAGUAACCGGGAACGACAAAGAGAGAAGGAGGACCAUCUUCCUGUGGCUAUAUGAACCCGGAGCGGCAUCAGCAGCUCCUGACGAAGCAAAAGACGCACGGAGGGGGAUGAUGAUGAGGGUGACGGGAAGUGCGGCUGGAGCUCGCUGCGGUCUGCGUCAAACCUCUCGCCCCGGCGGAAGAUAAUGCCCUCCGCGCCCGGUAAAGGACUUUUCUGGGGUGCGUUUGCUGUUCGCUCUGCGGGGGUCCAUGUUGUCAGUAUCUACGGGGGGUAAACAUCCAGAAGGGACAGUGAUGCCCACCAGGUCUCCAGCCACCUCUCAGUCACUCUCAGCAUCUGCGUUGUAAGGAGAAACUCGCGCUGUGGGAGUGGGACUGUGAAGGAAUAUGCAGAGAUAAAAAAAAAUAAAAAAAAACAGCAGUUUUAUUUUUUAUUUUUGUUUUAUUGUGUCCAAACCAGACAGAGCCAUAAGUGGAUUAACCGGGUGUUUUGUUUGUUUUGUUUUGUUUUGUUUUUUUCUCACCUGAAACAUGAACUCACUGUUUUUCUCCGACACUCCGCCCGGUCCGGUCUGCAACGUCCCCGCCGGGUCGGGCGCGGUGACCAGCGCCCUGCGUAACGACCUGGGCUCCAACAUCCAUGUGCUGAAAACCCUCAACCUGCGAUUCCGCUGCUUCCUCGCCAAAGUUCACGAGCUGGAGCGGAGGAACAAGCUGCUGGAGAGCCAGCUGCAGCAAGCACUGCAGAGACCGCAGUACCGACACCUCUACUCCCGGGAAGUUGCCGUGCAGACGGACGGUCCCGAGUCCAGACUGCCGGGCACCAUCUGGAGUUUCACCCACGUCCGGAGGCAAGGGGAGCGCUUCGAGACCCUGCAGGGGCCCGGGGUGACGUGGACGCAUCCGGACGGGGUCGGGGUCCAGAUAGACACCAUCACCCCGGAGCUGAGGGCUCUGUACAACGUGCUGGCCAAAGUCAAGAGGGAGAGGGACGAGUACAGGAGAAGAUGGGAGGAGGAGCUGUCCAAACGACAGCAGCUGGAGUCCACGGUGGAAUCCAUGCAGCAGAGCGCCCGGGAGUCGUCCGAGGUCCAGGAUGAGCUGAGCGAGAAGGUGGACAGGCUGAAGGCUGAACUCGUGGUGUUCAAGAGUCUGAUGAGUGAUCAAAUGUCUGACCUGGACACCCAGAUCCAGGAGAAAGCCCGUCGGGUGGACAUGGACAUCUGCAGGCGGAUCGACAUCACGGCCAAACUGUGUGACGUGGCUCAGCAACGCAACUCGGAGGACAUGUCGAAGAUGUUCAACGUCAGCCCCGCCAGGUCGCUGCCGGAGAGGGGUGCAGUGGCGUGCUGCAGGAGAAAAGAGCGCAAAGCCGUGUCCGACGAGGAGAGCUCAGAGAUGGACGCCGAGCCCAGCCCGUCGGAGGAGGAGGCCCCCGGGUCGCUCAACAUCACAGACGAGAUGAAGCGCAUGCUCAACCAGCUACAUUGCUCAGAUAACUCCUCUGUUGCCAGGCGCGAGACGUUCGAAAUCGACGACGACUGCGACAGUCUGACGUGGGAGGAGAACGAGGAGACGCUGCUGCUGUGGGAGGACUUCACAAACUACAACGUGCCGCUCACCAUCGCCGCGACCGCCUGCACAAACGGCUGCGUCUCCGAGGGCAACGGCGAAGCUGCUGACCCCGACUCCCAGGAUGGAAGUCUUGGCAGCCUCAUUGAUGAAACGGAGUCACUAUUUAAGACCAGAGAGCAGGAGUACCAGGAGACCAUCGGCCAGAUCGAGAUGGAACUGGCCACAGCCAAGAGCGACAUGAACCGACAUCUGCACGAGUACAUGGAGAUAUGCAGCAUGAAGAGAGGCCUGGACGUGCAGAUGGAGACCUGCCGACGGAUGAUUAAAGGCGGCAGGAACUCUCCCUCUAUCAGCUCUGUGGCCAGCAGUGACUCAGGGAACACAGACGAGAUCCAGGACGAGAUUUUGGACAAGGACGCGGAGGCUGAAGUCCCCGUCAGUUGAUGGCUGUGCAGCCGGGCCUCGUCCCAUCUCCGCCUGAGCGCCACUCGUUCUCUCACAGGGGUUUAAACGUGUACAGAGCUCCACCCUGUCAGAGAGGUGGACCAACCUAAACCUGGGCCUGCUGAAGCCGUGACGAUCGCCCUCACGGACGCAGGCUCAGAACUGGUGCUUUUAUACUGUUUCUGUUGUUUAGACGGUGGUGGGCGACGUCUUUGCUUCUCAAAGAGAAAAGGGUGCAAAUAGAGUCCGAGCUGUGCUCUCUUCCUCACCGCUGCCUCGCUCGAUCCACGUCCAGAGCUUCACAUCAUUCAGAGGAGAGAAAAAAAAAGUUCUCUGUUUUAAACCGGCUGAAGUAUUUUGUACAAAAAUCUUCUUAACGUCCUUUUUUUCUAAAGGAAUUGAAAAUAGUACAUAUUGUGCUUCUCCCCAUGACAUUCACGUAAAAAAAGAAAGUGACAUGUACGUUUGAAUCAUUUCAUGAAGAAAAAUGACUGCGCCCCCUCAAUUGGAACAGUGUUUUGUUUUUGCCGCGAUCAACCAGGGUCCAGGUCGGUUUGUUUUCAGUCCAAAUUAAACCGUUUUGGGGGCUUUAAGUGUCUUCUGCCAAGGAGACAAAACGCGGAGUGGAGACGAAUGGUGUUGGAGUUCUGGUGGUUUCUGAGGGAACUCUGCCGGGUUGCCAAAGUUGACAGAGGAAAGGAGCACAGCCUUUUGAUGCAUCAGUGCACUACACAAGUUCUAUGCAAUUUAGCUGGCCUUAUUUUUGGACUGGCUUUUUCACCCUUCCUCGUUUCCCUUAAAAACCAAUACGAUUAGCCUUUCAAGCAAAAGCAGGUGUUUUCUAUGUAUCAUUUUGAGAACUUUUUUUUUUUUUUUUUGUGCGUUUGAGUGUGAAAUAAUCAGAGUAUUGGUUGUUUGAUUUUAUUUUUUCAUGGACAUCAACUGUAUAAAAAAAAGAACUGGAACAGUGCCCCCUGAAGAAGGGACUAACAUCUUGAUUCAUGACUGCAAUCGUUGACAUCUGCCAGAUGCUGAGUGCUGCUGAACCAGGCAGUGGAUUGUUCUGAUUCAGAUGCACUUCACUGAGGAAACAUUGUUUUAGCUGGUGCACAUAAAAAUACAUCAGUUGAAAUGGCUGAAUGUUACAUUGUUUUUUUUUGUAAAAGAAAGGCGAUCGAUAAAUGUUGAAACUGUACGUUUCUGCAAACUGCUGAUAUGUAACUUCUUUCGGCUUGAUUUGACGUUGUGACGGUGUUGCGUUUGUCACAACAUAAAAUUGAAAAUCGAUAUUAACUUAGUUGUCCAGUUUUCAUAGACUUUGUGUUAUGUUGGUAAGGUUAAGGCAAAAGGAGAGGAUCGUGUUUUCGCUUAGUUCCAUCACCACAAGUGUGACUUGAAAUUUUCCAGACGUCUCGUCAUAAAUAUCCUGUUUUUGUCACCACAAAAACAUGUGGAAACUGUUCUUGCAUUUCAUUAAAGAUACCCUGUCCUGUUGUCAAAACAUGGCCAGGAAAUAUCCUGCUGUCCCAUUAAAAAUAUCCAGUUGUUUCAUGCUUACAAAUGUUUUAAAUGGUGCUUCCAACAGUGGUCUCUUGCUCGGUAGCCAUCUUGCCUUGCUGUAAAGCCCUCCCAUCACAUCCUCUACUUGACGUCAAGUUCAGCUUGUGGACAUGACAUCGUAAGAACGUUCAUCUGAGAUGUAUGAAACAGUUAUAUUUAGAUGUAUCUGUGGUUUGCAGAAAUGUAAAAUGCCAACAUUUUAUUUUGGCGACUGAAGAAAUCACGUUCAAGUUAUCGAAGCCAAAUGAAACCAAAGGACACAUUUUAAAGUUUCCUUUUCACACAAUCCUCGUAGAUUACAUUUUUACAUUUUGUUUUUUAAGAAAAACUACUUUAGUUGUUUAUGAGCGGCUUCAUUAUUUCCUGCUGUCCUGCAGGGGACUCUGUUCCAGACGGGUUGCUCAUCCUGCUUUGUUUCCUCCGAAUCGGGGCUCAAGUGUCAGACUGUACAUAGAGGGCUGUAGGCAUGUGAUCGUACACCCCAGAGGCCUUUUCGUUCACGUUAGUCUUUUUGCAACAUACUGAGACGUCUCACAGAUGUUCGCUUUUUGUCAGUGCUCUCGCUGGAUUAGCGUGGAAAGCUGAUCAACGCAUGGGGGGGCGGAAGUGAUCUUUUUACCACCUCUUUGAAUUAUAACCUAUGUACCGUUUGCUGGAUCAAAGACUAAGUGCUACUUCUAUCUUGAAGUUUUACAGAAGCAGAAUGUUAAUAAAAUACAGGCCUUUUUUGGUUAUCUCAGCAUGUUUGUGGGGACGAAAGGAGCCGUGGGGUCUUUUUUUAUAUUACAAUUAUUUUUGAACUAAAUAGCUGCAAUGCAGUCUGUGCGCUACAUUUUUAAUCCGAACAGUGUCUAUCCUAAUCAUUAAUUACUUGUAUAUGUGGCAGAAGAUGUAUUUUUCACAGUUUUUUAAUCAUUCUGUGUUAACCAAAAAGUGUGUUAUUGUCGCCAUACUCAGCUUUUAUUGAUUUUCGCAGGGCUGUUGAACUCGUUUCCAUGUGUUUCGGUCGAUCAGCGUACCCAUAAUAAAAACUAAUUGAUCAUGUAAGACAAGAGUGACGAGGAGUCUUGUUCAUGGACGAACCUUCAGAUUCAGAUUUUUUUUACGUUUGAGUUGAUGUAAAACCAGCCUGAUUGAGUCACAAAGAGCCAUUCUGUUAUUUGGUACUGUACUUUGUAUCGACGACAUCAUCAGACGGUUUAUUUGUCGAUCGUGCGGUCGUUCACACCCAGAAAACAACAGAAUCGCCAUAUUCCGACUUGUUGAGAUUGUCGCCCGCACACCACACUCUGACCAUCAAACUAACAACCAGCCAACCAAAGCAAAGUGAAAAAAUGAAUCGGAUGUAAAUCAAGCUAUAACUCCUACUAACUCUGGAAAGUUUCUCGUUUAACGUUUACGUUUCUCAGCGACGUACAAGACAUAAACGUUGAGCGUAUUAUCUUCCGUUUCAUCUCCUGACGCAGGUCCAAUCCCCAACAACAUCCAGUUGAUUGAACUGUAGCAAACCCACCUUAAUGAAUGUAGCUUGAUUGGACACAUCCUCUAAAGACCUUACGAGCAAAAAAGAAAAAGGAAAAAAACAAUAAUGAUAAAAGUAGCUGUUUAAAUCCAGGGAUGUAUGGUGUGCUCUUACUUAUUGGAGACCUUGGUACCGUAUGUUUUUGCUUUACUAAACGGGUUCUUGCUUGACCAACUUACAGUAUGUGACCUAUAUAUAGGUGUAUGUCAAUGAGGUCGUGGUGGAUGUGAAUGUUUCAUACUAAAAAGGGUUUUUUUAUAUGACUGGUUUUUAUCAGUGCAGCACUGGGAUUAUAUACGGUUGUGUUAGCUGUCAGCCUACAGGUGUACACGUUCACAGUCAUCACCGCUUGUAUUUAAGUUCGUAAAUAUUACGGGGAGAUAAAAGGUGCAGCAAUACUUGUGGCCAUAUUUGGGUAAAGUCUCCUGAACUGUAUCAGAUACUGCUCUUUAUUGUGUGUCGCUCGCAUCCUGUUGGUUUUUUCUAUUUUCUCGGUGGAUGAUUUGUCUGCUUUAAUUUAACUGCUCUUCUCUUUUAGGUUUGUGGAUUUCAUUUUUUGUUCUGUUUUGUUUAAACUAUUGUAUUCAUGUGGGUCUGGGGAAGUUUGUUUCAAAGUUAUGAAUGUACUCAAUUGAUAUUGGGGCUGAAAUUAAAUAAAAAGGUGGAUUGGAUAAAAAAUAAAAAAUAAAAAAAAAA